AUGACCAGCAAAACCGCACCUCCAGCCACAGACCCGGCUCCGGCAGCUCCGAAGAAAGAGCCAGUGCCAACCGCAAAGGAAGAACCGGCACCAGCCCCAGCUGCUGAAAAGUCCCCAGCCCCUGAGCAUCCCCCUGCCGCGGAGCAGCCCACAGCCACCGCAGACAAGUCUGCUCCCAUCCCCACAGCAGAAGGGACUCCAGCCCCUAAAGAAGGUCCCCUGGCUCCCACAGCUGAACCCCAAACCCCAGCCCCUGAACCUAAGCCUGAGAUACCCAAGGCAGAGCCGCCCAGCUCCCCCUUGUCCUUGGCCGUGGAAGAAGUGAGUGAAAACUCGAUUACGCUGACCUGGAAAGCCCCGGAGCAGACAGGCCAGUCGGGCCUGGAUGGAUACGUGGUGGAGAUCUGCAAAGAUGGAAGUACAGACUGGACAGCUGCAAACAAGGAGCCUUUUCUUUCCACCCGGUACACAAUCCAGGACCUCGGCUCUGGUGACAAGAUCCAUGUACGGGUGAAGGCUGUCAGCGCCAGCGGUGCCAGUGUCCCAGCUACAUUGGAGCAGCCAAUCCUCAUCAGAGAGAUCCUCCAGCUCCCAAGGAUCCGCAUGCCCCGUCACCUGAGGCAGACUUAUGUCAGGCAUGUUGGGGAUGCUGUGAACAUGAUGAUCCCUUUCCAGGGAAAGCCUCAGCCCGAGGUGAUCUGGACCAAGGGUGACCAGCCCCUGGACACCAGCCGCAUCAACAUCCGCAACACGGAGAAGGACACCAUCUUCUACAUCCGUGAGGCGCAGCGCAGCGAUUCGGGCAAGUACGAGCUCACCGUGCGGAUAAAUGGAGCAGAGGACAAGGCUACCCUGGACAUCAGGGUGAUUGAACCACCGGGCCCCCCCCAGAGCCUGAAGCUGGUGGAUGUGUGGGGCUUUAAUGUGGCCCUGGAGUGGACCCCGCCGGCAGACAACGGGAACUCUGAGAUCAAGGGCUACACGGUGCAGAAGUCAGAUAAGAAGAGUGGGAAAUGGUUCACAGCGCUGGAGCGCUGCACCCGCACCAGCUGCACCAUCUCCGACCUCAUCAUCGGCAACACCUACUCCUUCCGGGUGUUCACGGAAAACGCCUGCGGGCUGAGCGAGAAAGCAGCCAUCACCUCUGCAGUGGCCCACAUCAAGAAGACAAAAACGUCUUACCAGCCAGAGAAGAUCCCCCAAAGAGACAUGAUGGAGCCUCCGAAGUUCACUCAGCCCCUGACAGACCGAACUACAACUCGGGGCUACAGCACACAUCUCUUCUGCUGUGUCCGGGGCUUCCCUCAGCCUAAAAUCAUCUGGAUGAAAAAUCAGAUGGAGAUACGGGAAGACCCCAAAUACAUAGCGAUGAUCGAGCAGGGUGUCUGCUCCCUGGAAAUUCGCAAGCCCAGCCCUUUUGAUGGGGGCAUCUACACCUGCAAAGCCGUGAACCCCUUGGGGGAAGCCUCAGUAGACUGCAAACUUGAUGUGAAAGGACACUGGGCAGCCCUCUGGAGCUGGAGCUUUGGGCUUCUUGGGUUUAUGUGCCCCAGUGAGGACAGAUCGCAGGGCAAGACUAAGAUCAAGGUGGAUGCUGCAGCUGCUGUGCAGUAG